AAGGUUCUCACCAAAUUCCUACUCGCUUCUUUCCUUCCUUAUUUGGAGAAGAAAGAAAAAACGAAAAUGCAAUGAACUCUUCUCUUGGAUGCAACUCUAAUUAACAAAAACCUCUUACAUUUGUUUCUUCAUUAAAACCCAUUUGCAGUAUCUCCAAAUCGUUACUUUCGUCAACUCAAAGUCUAAAUGGAUUUCUGGCAGAAGGCUCGUAAUUUCGCAGAAGAAGCAGCAAAACGAACCCAGGAAUUCACAAAAGAAGCCGCUAAUCGUUCACAAGAACUAACCAUUGGUUCUUCCAAACUCUCCGACGUCGUUCUAGAAGCUUCCAAAAGAUCCAAAGAAUUCGCCGUUGAAGCUUCCAAGCGAUCCAAAGAAAUUGCCGUCGAAGCUUCCAAACGAUCCAAAGAAAUAGCCGUUGAAGCUUCGAAACGCGCAGAUGUAAUUGUUACGGAAGCUUCUAAACGCGCUGAUCAGAUCAAAAUGGACGCGCUUAAACGCGCUGAACAGGUCAAGUUUCAAAUUCCGUCUUCAUCUGCGCCUCAAACGGCGUCGUUGGAUGCACCUACGCCUGCCGAUCUCGAGAAAUUUGGAGUUACGGAUGACUUGAGGGAAUUCGUUAAGGGGAUUACCAUUAAUACCUUUAAGGAUUUUCCAAUUGAAGAUGAUUCAGUGAUCUCUGAUAUUCCUACAGUCUCAAAUGUUCGGCAGGAUCUUACAGAAUUUCAGGAAAAACACGCAAAAUUUGUUCUUUCAUCUGUUAAGGAAAUUUCAAAGCUAAGAUAUGAGUUAUGCCCGCGCAUAAUGAGGGAGAGGAAGUUCUGGAGAAUCUACUUUAUUCUGGUUAGCAGUCAUGUGGGCCCGUACGAAAGGAAAUACAUGGAAGAGGCUGAAAAAAAAUCUGUUGAAAAGGCACAAGUUGAGAGUGAGAAGGAAGUUUCAUCAGCUGGAACAACUUCUAAACCAGUAGUUGAGGCAGCAGCCCAGAAAAAUAAGAAGGCAACCUCAUCAGACCAGGAUUUGGAUGUUUUUCUCCUUGGAGAAGACAGCGAUGAUGGACCAGAUGAUGGGGAUGAUGCCUUCGAUGAUGACUUUGACAAGAUAUAGAUUGUCUGCAGGAAACUCUCAAUGCUGGGAGUAAGUGCAUAGCAAUGGCUGCCUUCUGCUCGGAAAGUUUGGGCAUGAAGUCCUUCUGGAUGAGGUAUUCCUAUGGGAUAGCAUGAUAAAGCCAGCUACACCAGUUAGUCAAUACUCACCAUAUUCCGUUCACCCCCAUCCUUCGACUGUGGAGUUCUGCAUUUUAUUGUUCUUUAUUUUGUGUUAUAUUCUUUACUGGAGAUACAAAAGAGAAGAUGGGAAAUGGAGGUCAAAUAGUAUAGGAUGGUAUCUUGGAACUGUAAAUUUGAAUUUAUUGUUAUUUUCUUUUGUCUUUAUGCUGUACUAGCAUCCCUAUCCCAAGAACCUUUACUGUUAUUUUGCUCUCAAUGUCCUUGGACGAGAUUUGCUCAUUCA